AUGGAGCGCGAGCAGGCGGCGGCGGCGGCGGCGGCGCGGCCCGGGGCCCCGGCGGAGCCGCCUGGAUUCCAGGCGCUGGUGGAGGCGGCGGGGGGCCGCGGGCAGGUGCUGCUGGUGGGCGAGCUGUGGGAGCGCGAGCAGAGCCGCGCCCUGCUGCGGGACUUCGCCCGCGCCGUGUUCCCGCCCGAGCCCGCCGGGGGGCCCCGGGGAAGCGCGGCGGCGGCCGGAGCCGAGGGCGCGGACUCGGGCCCGGGCGCGGCGUGCGGGGCGCCCAGGGCCCCGGGGACGGCGCCGCGCGCCCUCCGCUCGCCGCUGGUGUUCGUGCUGUGCCGCGCGGCGUCGCUGGCCGCCCGGGAGCCGCGGCGCCGCGUGCGGGAGAUGCUGCGGGACGUGCGCGGCCGGCGGCGGGCCGGCGCGGCGCUGGUCGGGGUGCUGGUGGCCGACGCGGAGCUGGAGGACGCGGCGGCGGCGGCGGCGGCGGGGCUGCGGCGGCUGGAGGCGCUGCUGCGCGCCGUGUUCGGCCGCCAGGUCGGGGGCCCCGUGCAGGCGGCCGCCUACUGCCCCGCGCGCCCAGCCUCCAGCCUGGCUGCGCAGACGGCCGCCUGCCGGGCCCUGCAAGCCGCGGGACCCGGACGGCCAGAAGGCUCCUGGGAGAGACCCGGCCUCCCAGGGCUGCUGACCUGCUUUUCUUGGGGUCUCCGGAGCCAGAGGAAGAACCAAGAUGCUCCCUUUUCCCAAGGCCCAGCUCAGGGUAAGUCCCAGGAUGUGGAGGAGGAGCUGGCACUCACUGCCGUGUUUCCCAAUGGAGACUGUGAAGACCAUGGAAGUGGAUCCAGGGCCCAGGAUGGAGUUGUCCAUCUUCUGCCUGAGCCCGUAGGAGAUCCGAGAUGAAGGCCGACCCCUCGGGCUGCCCCUGGCUCUGAUCUCAGCCUGGGGACUGGCCCUUCUCGCUGAGCUCAUGUCUGCACGCGGACCUCACCUGCUGGGAGCUGUCACAUUCCCUCGUGCCAGCUAGGCAGUGGGACUGGCUAAGACGAAUGGAGCCCAGAGGACAAUCUCUC